ACCCAGCAAAGUUUGAGUCUUUGUCGUGCUUCUCGAGACUCGGCGCUAAAUCGGGGAAGCAGAGGAGGUUCGCGGAGGAGCAGAAGGCCGGGAGGUGAGUCAGAGCGAGUUCUGGGCGGCGAGUUUGGAGAAACUCGCUGAGUCGACGGUGCUCAAUGGGGACGCCUUGGAUAACAAAAAACCCGGGUUGGACUUGAGUUUUCUUCCCCAAAACCAAAAUUCAUUCCUUCAAGCUUCAUUCAGACAUGGCUUCUAAGCUCGUAAGGCAUAGCCAUCUCAGAGCCCUAAGCUCCUCCAUCUCCAUCAACAAUCACAUUCGCUCUCUCACUUCUCUAACCCUAACCGAGCUCCCCUCAGCUUCAGCUAUAAGCUCUUCUCCAAUGCCUCUUCUUCUUCCUCUACUGGAGGAUUCCAACGAGCUUCCUCUUUGAAAGACCUCGAGCUCGCUAAAUUCGCCUCCAUUGCCGAAACCUGGUGGGAUUCUGAAGGGCCAUUUAAGCCAUUGCAUGUGAUGAAUCCUACAAGACUUGCUUUCAUUCGCUCCACUCUUUGUCGACAUUUUCGGGAUUUGGAUCCAGUGACUUCAACUAUUGAGUACUGUUGCACAACAGCUGAAAAGCUAGUAGAGGAAGACAGGAAGUUUGAUGCUGUGAUUGCUCUAGAAGUAAUUGAGCACGUAGCAAAUCCUGCUGAAUUCUGCAAGUCUCUGGCAGCAUUAACUGUUCCUGAUGGAGCUACUAUAAUUUCAACAAUUAACCGUUCUAUGAGAUCAUAUGCAACUGCCAUUGUUGCAGCAGAGUACCUCCUCCAUUGGCUUCCUAAAGGUACACAUGAAUGGUCAAGUUUUCUCACUCCUGAAGAACUAGUCCUGAUCCUUCAACGUGCCAAUAUCACUGUCAGGGAAAUGGCUGGAUUUGUUUACAGCCCCUUGACUGGAAGAUGGUCUCUAUCUGAUGAUAUUAGUGUAAAUUUAAUUGCUUUUGGUACAAAAAACUGCCAAUAGAUAAGAAUAUACCAUUAUAAUUUUCCUAGUUUGUUCUCUUCUUUUUUGGUUUUUUGUUUUGGUUUUGGUGGGGGAGUGGAUGAAAUUUUUGUACUUGUUCAUACAAAUAAUGAUGGGUAGAUCCAACACAUUUACGACAAAUAUUGAUUUUUA